AUGUCUUCCUCGACUGUCCUUAUCACCGGUGCCAACCGCGGUAUCGGCCGGGGUUUCGCCAAGACCUUCCUUGCUAGACCCUCUACCACUGUUAUCGUGGCCGUGAGAGAUCCAGAGCAUCCCACUUCCAAGGCCCUCCAGGACCUCCCCAAGGCUGAUGGAUCUAAGCUGGUCACUGUCCAGCUCGACUCGACAAAGCCGGAGCACGCUGCUACUGCGGUGGAGAAGCUUAAGAGCGAGCACGGUAUUUCCUCUCUGGAUAUCGUCAUCGCAAACGCCGGCAUCGCUCAGAAUGGUGGCCGUGUCCGCGAGAUCAGCAUCGACAACAUCAACCUUCACCACCAGGUCAACGCGGUUGCCCCCGUCGCCCUCUUCCAGGCUACCAUCGACCUCCUCAAGGCCAGCAAGACUGGAAACCCCAUCUUCCUCGCAAUCUCCACCUUGAUUGGCUCCAUCGGGUCCAUGGAGGGCUUGGUUGGCUUCCCCGCCACGCACAGCCCUUACGGCGCCAGCAAGGCGGAACUCAACUAUUUCAUCCGCCGCCUUCACUUUGAAGAGGAGUGGCUGACCAGCUGGGUCUUCCACCCCGGCCUGGUCGAGACUGAUCUUGCCCAGGGGGCCGUUGCAGUAGCUGGUCUCAAGCUUUCUGAUGUCGGCGCCAUUUCUGUCGACACUAGUGUGGCUGGCAUGGUUGGCACCAUUGACAAGGCCACGAGGGACGAGACUAGCGGCACGUUCCGAAGCUAUGACGGAACUACACUUCCUUGGUAG